AUGGACCUAACACGAGCAAUUCGGCCUAUUGUCUCCUCCAACCUCCUCGCCCUCCCACCACCAACCCGCGCUGUCCUCUUCCGCCUCUACCAAUUCCGACCUCACCCACUCCCACGCCGCAAUGCCUACAGCACCGCCACGCCGACCCACGAGCCCUCCAUCCCCGCGCCCAAAGAAGGCUCUGGCCCUCUCCUGACACGACAUGCCAACCGCGCCCUCCCCAACAUCAAUACCGAGCGCAACAUCUGGCUGUACACCCUCCCCAUCUUCGCGCUCAUAGUCACGACCUCCGCAGUCGCGUUCUUCAACUACCAAAAAUCCACCUCGUCGACCGUGUCGUCGAUCCUAUAUGCUCUACGUACCAACACCGCCGCGCGCGAGCUGUUGGGUGACGAGAUCUACUUUGCGAGCCAGGUACCCUGGAUCAGCGGGGAGAUGAGCCAGCUGCAUGGAAACAUCGAUAUCAGCUUCUGGGUGAAGGGCACUAAGGGGUCGGCGAAGACGAGGUUUGUGGCGAAGCGCAAGGAGAAGAGAGGGAUGUUUGCGACGGAGGAGUGGAGCUUGAGGAUGGAGGAUGGGAGGGUGUUGCAGUUGUUGGAGACUGGCGAUGUGGAGGUCAAGGGCAGCAUUGCUUGA